UGAACGGGACCCUUACUGAACACCUCUCUUCGUUCGUUUUUCCUUCUCGUCUCACCAGAACGAACCUUGAUUAUACAAAAGUAAUGAACGACACAGCAGUUCUGGGAGUUCUAUUAACUGUAUAAAUGGAUACUAAAGAAAUAAAGACGGCCUUGAAGAAUGCUAGAGAAUGUAUCAGAGAAAAGCAAUUCAAAGAAGCCCUGAAACAUUGCAAGACAGUUUUGGCACAGGAUAAGAAUAACUAUAAUGCCUUGGUGUUUGUUGGUGUGGCUGCUGAUGGAAUGGAACAGUUUGAUCAGGCUGAGAAGGCAUACAAACGGGCAACAGAAGCAGCCCAUGAUCAGGUUUUAGCAUGGCAGGGACUUUGUGGAUUUUAUGAGAAACAUGGUGGACAUGAACAAGAUCUGGUUAAUGUUUAUCAAAAACUACAGGAGCUUUACAAAGGUGAUGAAGAGAAGAAAAAGGACAUUUUAAGUAAACUGGCAGAUUUAGAUGUGAAAAUUGGAGCAACAUCUAUGGCUAUACCUAUUUAUGAGAAUCUUGUUAAAGAAGAGAAAAAUGAAGACAAGAAGGAGAAAUAUAUGUAUAAAUUGGAAGAGAUAUUGAGGAAUGAAAAAUCUUUGUCAGAAGAAUGGAAAAAUUUAUAUGUAUCUACCUGUGACAGAUUAUUUGAGUUAGAUCCUGUACAGUUUAUAGACACUAUGUUGGUGGUUAAAUUUUAUGUGAGAUGUCUGCUUCAGAUGCUGUAUGUUGGUAGCAAGCUGGAAUUUAAGUGUAAAACUCUGCAGUUAAAGUUCCCUAAUAUUUCUUAUCCUACAGAGAUACUGGUUGUCAUGACAAUGGAUAAACAUGUUGGAGAAAAGUUUCCAGCGUUAAAUCCCUCCAUGGAUGAUUACAUUAGUACAAUAUCCAAGCUUAGUCCAGACAGUAGUUACUUGUUAGCUGGUCAAGGUUAUGUACAGUUGUGUAACAAGAAAUUUAUAGAGGCUAGAGAUUGUCUUUCUAGAGCCAUUGAUCAGCUUCCAAAAAUUCCUUGUAUACAGUAUUACCAUGGCCUUACUCUAAAACAUCUACAUGACUUCAGUGGAGCAGAAAAAUCAUGCAAGAUGUGCUUGAAAACACUUGAAAGGAAAGAUAGAGUUCUGACAAUACCAGGGUCAAUAACUAAUACUGUUAUGAUACUACAAGCAGAGAUGUUGUAUGGGAUAGGGACAGAAACUUCUUUACAGUCAGCACUGGAAAUCAUUCAACAGAUAUCAGAUGAGGUUCCUACAGAUUUGUUGAAAGGUCAGAUUUACCUGAAGUUGAAUGAUCAAGAUAACUGUGAGAAGUGCAUCCAUGGUGACAUUCCUGAGAUGAUAGCAUUAAGUGGGUGCUUAUUGUACUAUAAAAACAACUAUGAAGAAGCUGUAGUCAAAUUUAAAACCAGUAUUGAAACAGAUCCUAAUAACAGCUGGUCAAUGUUUUGGUAUGCUAAGUCAUUAUGGGAGAAAUAUAAGUACAGUAAAGAGAAGACAGACAUUGAAACUUGCUACAUGUCAUUGCUAAAGUCAGCAAAAUUGGACCCAUACAAUUCAGAAACAUUUUUAUAUCUGGGACAUUUCUCAUUGAAUGUCCAACAUGAUGAAACAAGGGCUAGAAAAUGUUAUCAGAAAGCUUUUGACCUUGACACUAGAUGUGAUGAAGCAGGUGCUGCCCUCUGUGAUUUACUUAAUUCAGCAGAUCAGGAAGAAGAAGCAUAUAAACUCCUGCUCUCUGUGACUUCAAAAGCCAGUGCUGGUUGUGGAAAGUGGGCGUGGCUAAGGCUAGGAUUGUACCAGGUGAAGCAUGACAGUGCUAACUCAGCUGUGACCAGUUUCCAGGCAGCCUUAAGAGGAGAUCCUAAAGAUAACCAUGUAUGGGAGUGUUUAGCUGAAGCAUACUAUCACAGAGGCAGUUACACAGCAGCAUUGAAAGCUUUCACUAAAGCUUCUGAGCUUGAUCCGGAUUCCAUUUAUUGCCUAUACCAUAUUGCAGCCAUUAAACAGACAUUAGGGAUGUUUACAGAAGCUAUAGAUGAGUACAAACUGAUCCUCAGUAGAGAUCCUGAAUAUGUUCCUGCUCUGAAAGGAAUUGGAGAGACAUAUAUACUUUUAGCUAACCAUCACCUUGAACUGUUUUUCAAUGGGAAAGCCAGGGAUAAUUGUCAAGAGGCUUUGAAUUAUCUUACACGAGCAGCCACACAUAGACCAGACUUGUCCUGUUUAUGGAAGUUUAUGGGAGAUGCUUGUACAAUAACACAUCAAAUGGCCAAAGAGACUUUCAGAAUGGAAGUACCAAAGAAGCUACUAGAGAAAAGUGAUCAGGAAUCAACAGUGUUAUCAAUGAUACAAACAUUGGAAUUAGGGGCACGAUGCUAUGGUAGAGCUUUGAAAAUUCUGCCUGAAUGUGCCUCCCUUUGGCAUGACCUUGGAUUUAACCUUUUUAACCAAUCACAGAAUUGUUCCUCUGAGUCCAUGACAACAGUAGCAGGGAAGUCUGUCAAUUCAUUGAAGAAAGCCUUGUCUUUAGAUAGUAGCAACCAUUUACACUGGAAUGCACUGGGAGUUGUGGCAUCCUCCAAAGGAGCCUACAACCCUACCCUAGCACAGCACUGUUUUAUCCAGUCUAUCAAAGCAGAGGCUAGUAACCACAUAGCAUGGACAAACCUGGCAACAUUGUACCUUACCAAUGAUAAUAUACAUCUAGCACAUGAAGCUUUCAAGAUGGCACAACGUCUUGAACCAACUUAUGUUGCAGCAUGGAUUGGACAGGCCUUAAUUGCUGAGACUGUUGGCGAUGAAGAUGCUAUGGAUUUGUUUAGACAUACAACAGAACUGGCUACCCAUGUAGAAGGGGCCAGCGGUUAUGGAAGUUGGGUGUGUUCCAUGUUACAGGAUGAAUCUAAACACAAUACUGAUCUGUAUCAGUACUCCAUUAAACAAAUGGCUGCCGUCCCUGCUGCAUCAACUGGUCUUGGGAAAUAUUUAGAUCGCAUUAAGACAAAUGGUACAGCUUAUAACAUGUAUGGUUUGUUACUAGAACAACAAGGAUUGUACAGAUCAGCUGUUCAGGCCUUCAAAAGUGCAAUAGAUUUAGGUAGUUGUAAAGAACCUGCCAAAAUUAGAAUGAACUUAGCUAGAGUUUUAUGUCAGCUGCAGCUAUAUGAUGAAGCUAUGUUGCAGUAUGAUAAAGUUGACAUGCCAACAACCUUUAAUGACCUUUGUAGUCUAGGUUAUGCUUGCUACAAAUCUGGAAAAUACAAAGAAAGCUAUCACGCUUACCAGGAAGCAUCUGAGCUAGCUACAGGGGACAAGGAAAAGUCACAUGUCUUAACAGCUCUAGGAAUGGUGGCUUAUAAGUUUGGAGACCUUGAUGGAGCUAAAGCAGUUCUUCUACAAAGUUCCCAGUUAACACCAGCCUCAGUGAAUGGUUUGAAGUCACUCUGUGCUCUUGGCAUAACCUUAUCUGAUAGUACACUAACAAUGGCUGUCCUACAAGAACUCUUCAGUCAUGAAGAUACAGAAGUUGAUGUUUCUCAUCUAAUGACAAUAUCUCACUGCUUGUUAGAGAACAAUCAUAAGGGAGCCAAAAUAUAUAUUCAGCAAUGCAUUCACAAGAACCCUAAUCAGUCAUCACUGUGGAAACUUUUGUCAAGGUUACUGCUCAGACAUUUCCCAGAAUCCUCAGGAUCUGUUGCAGCAAGCUGUGCAGAGUGUGCAUACAGACUUAAUCCAUUAAUGCAUAAUAUACAGAACAUAGUGACUGCUAACUUGUUGAGGUCAACAACUACCAAUAAUUCUAAGUUGCUGAAAUCAGCUGUGAAAGCUUUACAUAUUAACCCAGACAUACAAGAAAACUGGAAAAAUCUGGUCAAGUCUUUAGAUAGACAGUGUGCGAAUGAGAAUGUGAAAUGUUGGACAGACAUAAGAGAUUCUUACAACCAAUGGAUGUCAAAGACAGAGGAAUAAUUUAUUGAUAAAAUAAAAUAAAUUUGAAAGAAA